AUUGUUGAGACACAGUGUGCUAGCCACUUACUCUCAGGAACUCAAUUAGCACGUACAACAGUCACUCGCUCGCCUAAAGAAGCGAGCACACAAUUGAUUUUUGGAUACGGAUGUGGUCGCUGGUGCCAUUUUCUGUUGGAAGAGACUAGGUCUUUAGAAAAAUCGACGAAACGAAUUGGUCUUUAUUAUUGAAGAUGUUGAUGGUCGCUGAUUCUUCUGAGUAUCUUUCUCGCGUCAGGCGGCACUCUGUGACAGCACAAUAGCUUCGUAACAACAUCACAUUUCGACUUCAAAAGGGGCCAAGUUUUUAUCCAGUCAGCGUAGCCUCAACUACCUUCACUACCCUAACGACAAAAAACAAAAAUGGUCGCCCCCCCGCCACCCACCAAGCCCGUCUCCCCGAUGGAGGCGCUGGACCAAAUCGUCCCAGACUUGGACGAAAAAGAGUACAUUGCCGAAAUGAUAAAAGAGGAAAACCCGACAGAUUUCGACACGCUUUGGGACCUUCUCGCGGACUUUCUCGAAUCAAGCGAAGAGUAUGGCGGUACCGCGAAGCAGAACUGCAAGGACAUCCUCCUCCUGAUCCAUCCGCCGAGCAGCACAAAUAUCACUACCACUACGAAGAAUAAAAACUUGCAGCAGGGCGGGUCGUCGCCAAGCGCAGGAGGUGCGGCGCAGAACACCAAGGCCAACAACGCGCCGAAGCUCCUCGGCGAGAUGCUCCAGACCGGACACGAGAACGCCGUCGGGUUCCAGGAUGCCUUUAUGGGUUUGGGCGAGAAAAAGGCGAACUACAACUAUGAAUUGCAAAAGUUGCAUCGUUCUUAGUAUAAAAAAAAAAUCGCAUGAGAAAUUUCCUCAGCAUGAGAAAAGGAGUUUCGAAUGUUGAUUCACCUCCAGGAGAAGCAGACUUGUGAUGCAUGACUGCGAUAAUUAGAAUAGAAGUACUACGAGUGCGAGACUUUUGCAAUGUAUAGCAACGAGGUGGUGGCGAUUUCCGACCUGGUAAAGGAGCGGCGGACGCAAAACACAAAGGAAAAAGCGGCGGUGAUGCACCGCAUGCAACAGUGGAUGAAGUCGAAGCUCAAACCUCCGGCACCGCAGCGACUCCAUCGGACAGGGAACGCGAUCGGGAAGGUGACGGAUUUGAUUAUCGACAAAUUCGGCGUCACGAUCGGGGGGAAAGAGCUGAUCGAGGACACAACGUUGAAAGUUGUUAUCGGCCGAAAGUACGGUCUCCACGGCCGCAACGGUACGGGUAAGACCUGUCUGCUCGCGACGCUGGCAAAAAAGGACCACCCGAAAAUCCCGAAACAUGUCCAUAUCGUGACGGUAGAACAGGAAAUCGACCACCUCGCGACCUCGGAUUCGGCCUUGUGGCACGUGCUAGCGGUGGACACGGAGCGGUGUGAUUUGGAGGCAAAGAUUAGGAAAUUGGAGGAGUUAGGGGACAAAAUCGGGGAUAAAGACGCAAAUUUGCUCGUGGAAUACCAGGAAAGAUGGGCGGAAAUUGACGGAGACGCCGCGCCGCACAUCGCAGGAAGGAUCUUGAGUGGUAUAGAAUAUGAAGAUGAUUUUUUUCUCUUUCAUCUCAUGCUGUAAUGCUGCACUACGAAUCUCUAUUUCUGGUGUGAACUUGUUCCCUAGCCACCGUUCACGGUCAAACACAAAAAUCAGGUCUGGGUUUCGACGAAGCGCGACAGCACCAGGGAACCUCCAACCUCUCCGGUGGUUGGCGCGCCAGGGUCGCCUUGGCCAGAGCUUUGUUCGCCGAGCCGGACAUCCUGCUACUGGACGAACCGACAAACCACCUGGACGUGCACGCGGUCGCGUGGCUGGAGGAUUUUCUGAAGGACUAUCCGCAGACGAUCAUCAUGGUCAGUCACGCGAGGGACACGUUGAACGAGGUAUAAAGCUCUUUUAUGCAAUCAUGCAUUACAAAUCUUCUGCUUUAGGUAAAUCAGCAUUACAAAUUUUAUUUCACAUGCUGAAGAGGAAAUUUGUACGAUACUUUGUUUUGCACAGGAUAGAGGGACACGUUGAACGAGGUAUAAAGCUCUUUUAUGGCAGUAAUGCAUGUUGACAUCUUUCUUUCUUUCUUUCCGUGCCCGGGCACGGCAUCAAAUCUUGCAUAAAGCAUGUUGACAUCAGUUGUUCAUCUUCAUCUUGCAUAAAGCAUACUUAAAAUCCUUCAUGAAAACGCAGCCGAAAUAUAUAAUAAUCAGCAUCGGAACUUACUACAACAAAACGUAGAGUUUGAGCGAGAAUAUAGUGCAGCUGCUUGAAAAUCCAGUUGUAGAUAAUGACGUAAUUCUAUUUUCCAAAACUCGUCCACCAGGUCUGCACGGACAUCACGCAUCUGCAGUUUCAGAAGCUCUUUUUCUAUACGAACUGCAAAAAUGUCUAGGUCUGGAAGAUUGCGAGAUUUGUCAUGCUUGUCAGGCAUGACCAAAAAGUUUGUGAUGCGUGUCCAAGAAGAGACCCUUUUGCCUGUCAUGCUAAAACGCAGUUUGUCAUGCGAAAAACGCAACACAAAGAAGCGCAGAUAUUUCUCAUGCUUGGUGGUGCAUUGCAGAGCAUUCCAUGUUCCCAACGCAGCAUUACAAGUUUCCAGAUCCAGACAUUUUUGCAUUUGAUAUUCUACCGCGGCGACUUUGACACGUUCGAGACCCUCUACGCGCAGAACAAAAAGCUGCUCGAGAAGCAGCACGAAAAGAACGAGCGGGAAGCGGCGCACAUGCAGCAGUUCAUCGAUAAGUUUAGGUGCAACGCGAAACGCGCCUCGAUGGUGCAGUCAAGGAUUAAGGCGCUGAACCGGUUACCUUUGCUCGACGAAAUUCUCGAGGACCCGUCCUUGUCUUUCAUGUUCGGCGAACCGGAGCCGGUGCCCACUAUGAACUGCAAAAGUAUCGUACUCGUAUAAAUGCAUUGCAAAUUUUCCCAGCAUGAGAAUGAAAAUUUGUAAUGCUGAUUUGCCUUGACAAAGAAAUUUGUAAUGCAAGACCUGCAUUUAUACGAGUGCGAUACUUUUGCACAGCAUACCCACGCCGAUUUUGCAAAUGGACGAAGCCUAUGCAUUGCAAGUAUGUCUAGGUCCUCUGGAAGGUUGCAACUUGUGAUGCUGUGUUUGGAUUCCAAAAAGAAUUUGUAUUGCAUGACCAGCAACAGGUGUCCAGUUCCUGCUACGUGGAGGGGGUAUUUCUCAUGCGGAAUAGGCAUCAGGAAGCCCCCUGGCCGAAAAAUCUGUGAUGCGCGGUCGUGCAUUACAGACAUCCUGGGUCAUGCAAAACAUGCAUGACAAAUCUCAGAAUCUUCCAGGCCCAGACAUUUUUACAUUUGAUAAAGCCUGCUUUCAGUACGAGUCCGCCGAGUCGCAGGUCAGCAAGAAGCCGUUAUCCUGUGCAAAAGUAUCGUACUCGUAUUGCAAUCAUGCAUCACAAAUUCUUUUCUUCAGGUCAAUCCGCAUUACAGAUUUCAUUUCUCAUGCUGAGGGAAUUUGUAAUGCAUUUAUACGAGUACGAUACUUUUGCAGCUCAUAGCCGUUUCACCUGAACAACAUCAAUCUGAAUAUCGACCUGGAGUCGCGGAUCGUGCUGGUCGGCGAGAAUGGCUGCGGAAAGUCGACCUUGUAUCAAAUGUAAAAAUGUCUGGGUCUGGAAGAGUUGGAACUUGUGACGCAAACUCUGGAACACACAAAAAUUUGUGUUGCAUGAGCGCCAAAAGCCGUCCAUUUCUUGGUACGCAAGUAGAAAGUUUCUCAUGCGGGACAGGCACCAUGAGACGCGCUCGGAACCUGUGUUGCUUUUGCCUGCAUCAGACGCCAUUUGCGUGAUCCGAAAUAUGCAUGACAAAUCUUACAAUCUUCCAGACCCAGACACUUUUACAAUCCAUACCUUGCUCAAAAUGCUGAUUGGCGACCACGAGCCGAAGGCUGGGAUUGUGCGACGGCACAACCUAUCAACUGCAAAAGCAUCGUACUUAGUAGAAAUUGCAUUACAAAUUUGCUCAGCAUUACAAAUUGAAUUUGUAAUGCGGAUUUGCCUUAGCAAAAAGAUUUGUAAUGCAUGAUUGCGAGUACUACGAGUGCGAUACUUUUGCACAGGAUAUAACCGGCUGCGCAUUGGGUAUUUCACCCAGCACCAUGUCGAAUCGAUGGACCUGACGCUGAACUCUAUGCAAGAACAAAACUGUGUAAGUGUAACGUUGUCUUGCAGAUGUUGCAAUACAGUUACACUUGUCAUGCUGGAUAAGCAUCAGAAGCUAUUUUCAUACGUGUAUUCGCGUACUAGCUACGCAUGACAGGUUUUCUCUGUCAUGGAAACCAAAUCUGUGAUGCUGUUCCUGCAAAAAAGUUUACACUUACACGCUUUUUUUCUUGGAUAAACUCCAUCCAGAAUCUAAUGGAAAGAUACCCAAAGGCGAUGAACGAAGGUGUGAUAAUUUAUGAAGACAUUUUUGUUUUUUUGUUUAUUUGUUGCGGUGCUGUCGCUGUGGCGGACAGAGAUCGCGGUGUGAUAUUUGAUAUUUUAACGGGAUCACUUAACUCAGAAGCAGGCGGCGCUAAAAGUAAAGAUAACGCAUUUCCAACCGAUUUCAAAAGUUUCGGAUUGAGGGUCUUCCUCUCUAACAGAAGCAAACCACGGGCCGCAUGGGACACUCAGGGCGACGCUUUUGCGCCCGCUCGAAGCCACUCAUGGGCAGCGUUCUAGGUUUCCGUUGGGUGGGGCUCAAGGGUGCCACAUGUGGCCCAUUUCGCCUUCCUUUCCAACCGUCAUCCACUUCGGGUUCAAUUGUUUGCGGCCUUUUUUAAGGGGCCGCAAAGUCAUGUGUGCUCCCCUGGCCGCGAGAUGAUUCGGCCCUUGUCGAGCUUUUUGUCCCCGACGCGGAAGCCUAUGGCGGCUUCCAGCUUGCACAUCUGCUUCUAUUUCUUUUCCAAAUCUCCGUCGCGGCUGCCAUUCAACAGAUGACUUCCCACCGUAAUCCCCACCUUAUUUUGGCGCGCCUAUUGCAGUAAGGGUUUUAACUUGAGGCCGCGCCAACUUUUCUCUCGGCGGCCCAAUUUCAAAUGGUGCUCGAGAUUCGGUCAGAAGUUGGUCCAAAAUCGGUCUGGACACAGAUUCUAAUAUACGGACCGAAUUUGGACCAACUUCUGACCGAAUCUCGAUCACCGUUUGAAAUUGGGGCAGGGACUCGAUCGCCGUUUGAAAAUCUCGAUCACCGUUUGAAUAUCUCGAUCACCGUUUGAAUAUCUCGAUCACCAUUUGAAAUUCUCGAUCCCCGUUUGAAGUUGUCGGCUGGCGACCUGGGGGCACAAAAGGCCGGCAUGAAGUCCGAAGCUCUAUCUUAUAGGGUGGCGCAACAUAGUGGUGGCACCAGGCGUGGCCGCCCACUGGCGCCGAUCUUCCCCCACCUGAAUGUGGCGCCGUGAUGGUUCCAACAGGAAGAGCUACAGGAACAUUGUUGGGCUUCUUUGGGCAGACCGCGCGCCUCCGCGCCGUUCACAGCAGGCUUGUUUGCCUCGGGCUCACGAGCAUGGCGCCUGCCUCUUGGCCGCCCGGUGCCAAAUUUGGCGCCGCUCGCUCGGAUAGAGGCUCUGAGGUUGGUAGAAAUAGUGAGCACCCAUCCCAUAGGGGUGUGAAAGUCUGAAACUUUUGAAAUUGGUUUGAAUUAUGUUCGAAAAGAAAUUAGUGCCCGCUUGCUCUUGAGUUAAGGGAUCACCACGACGAACUUUUGUAGGCUGUGGGAACGUUGUUCAAAUUCAGUACUACCCAAACUCUAUUCAAUUCUCCAACUCGUCUUUUCAGAUGGUAUGAAAAUUUUCAACAGGUGAGGAAGCCGCCCGCAACUGGCUAGGGCGUUUCGGUGUGAUGCAGAGCCUCGCUGUGGAGCCAUUGUAUGUGCUCUCCGGGUAUGCAAUACAAAUUUAUUGAUUCCCGUACACGACGUACAAAUUGCUGUAAUUGCAUGACAAGUUUAAUGAUCGCCAACUGAGAAUGUGCCACUUUUCAUGCUGAAUAGAAGGAUUGAGCAAGGCGAGUUUUGUCAUGCAGAAACCGCAUUUGUACGCGUGCGGAAAACCAAUUUAGCAUGCAUACUGGUGGUCAGAAAUCCCGAGUGGCGCUCGCGUUGUUGGCGUACGCAAAUCCACACAUUCUGGUCAUGGACGAGCCGACAAAUCACUUGGAUUUAGGUACAGACGAUUCAUUUUGUCAUGCUGUGCAGUUUAUACAGAUGAUUUUGUCAUGCUGGAAAACCUUCACGGACGACUUGCUGUUGUAGUGCAUGCUCACCUAGCUACACGACUGUGUCCUGAAAAUUGCCGACAGCCUCAUUUCCAUUUCCAUGCCAAGCAAGCAUGGAAGCGAGGCCGCACUAGAACAAUGAUCAUACAAUGAACUAGCUCGCGCACCGAAGGAAUUAAAAAUGCUAAAAAAACUAAAACAGACGCCAUCCAAGCCCUAAUUGCUGCCUUGACUGCUUUCAAAGGCGGGCUAGUCAUGGUGAGCCACGACUCCCACUUUAUCAACGCGGUGUGCGACGAAAUUUUAUGAAAGUGUACAACUCCCCCUCCCCCUCAUUUGUAUGGCAUGAACAGCAAUACAAGCAACAGCAGAAAUGUGACUUCCGCAUGUCUACAAAUCUGCGCGCGGGUCGUAGUACUCUUUGAGGUUCCAAAAUUUGUCAUGCUAACAGUGCUUACGAGCAAGGUGUGAGUUUGGUAUUUUGCAUGACAAAUGAGGGGGAGGCGAGGGAGUUUUGCACUCGCAUAAGUUUGGCAUGUGCACGACAACACGGCGACAAAAUUCGACGGCGACAUUCAUGAAUUCAGGAAAUUUGUGUUGGCGGAAAAGAAAAAGCAGGGGCAGUGAUACGUUACUUCUGAUGGGUCGCGAAGAUGAGGACCUGUGCGGACGAGUUUUCUGCUCUACGAGCAGCUAGUCCCAGAAAAACAAAUCCCACUCAGAAGGCCAAAGAAUUAUAGUGUCACCACUGAAGAAGUACAAUGAGAGCUUUCUGAUUGAGCAACGAUAGCGAGAAAGCAUUGAUAAAAGAACGAGAGGUGCAACAAAAACAAACCGAGGAU